AACGACAUCAACUACAGUAUUUGACAACAGCAUCGACUACAGCGUCAACGAAACACAGCGAGUACAUAAUCACAACUCAAGCUUUUCGCAAUGUCAUCGACAAUGAAAGCGGUCGCCUACACGCGCUAUGGCGGACCAGAAGUGACACAGAUCCGCUCAUUUUCGGUCCCAUUGCCCAAAAAGGGUGAGGUGCAGGUGCGCGUCGCAGCAGGCGGCUUGAACCCAGUCGACUGGCACCAGCGAGGCGGCGAGUUCAAGUAUAUCACGCCAUGGACUCUGCCGGUGAUCGCAGGUAACGAGUUUUCGGGCACCGUAACCGUUGUCGGCGAUGAUGUGGCGAAGUUUGCUGUUGGCGACAGGGUUGUGUGCCGGACUACGAAAUCCGCAAUGGGAGGUUUGGGGUCAUACGUCGUGAUGCCUGCUUCUAUAGUUGCAAAGGCGCCUACAACGGUCGAUCUUGUUGACGCUGCCGGUCUUCCCCUCGCUGGCCUCACCGCCGAACAAGCUCUCGACACGCUGGAUGUCAAGUCUGGCGAUCGCAUCCUGAUCACCGGUGGUGCUGGAGGCGUUGGCUUGUUCGCCAUCCAGAUUGCCAAAAUCCGUGGGGCUCACGUCACCACCACGGCAUCGGACGCUGGUAAACCAUAUGUCCUCAAGGCGGGCGCCGAUACGGUCAUCGAUUACCGAAAUCAGAAGUUGGCGGAAUUGCCCGAGAAAUUUGUCAAGGUCUUUGACGUGGCUGGGGGGGAGGAAGCGCUUAUCAGUGACGUUAUCCCUGCCGUGGCAGAAGGCGGACACAUCGUCUCGGUGGCUGGUCCUUUAAUUCCGGGCGUCUUUGAUACCAUCCUUCCAGCCUGGAAGUCGCUGCUAAUCAAUUUGGUCCUAAGCUCCCGUUCUCGCGCCGUGCGUAACGCUGCCGCCUCCCACGGUGUCCGUUACGAGUACCUUUUUAUGCGGCCUGAUGGCGUGCAGCUUGAGCACCUCUGCAAUCUCGUUGAUGAGGGUAAGCUUGUCAUCAACAUUGACUCGCGCUUCAAGCUGGUCGAUUUCGCCAGAGCAUUUGAGAGAUUGGAAUCAGGUCGGUCCAAGGGCAAAGUCAUCAUUGAAUUCCCCGACAGCGAGGAAGAGCAGACGGCAGUUCAGGAGGCGUCUGAAAGGACGAAGUAAUUUUUUCUAACUCCCAUGUAAUUGCUUGUGAUAGUGAAGCUUUCUGUACUGAUUUCAUUCCCGUUAUAAGAAUCUUAAUAUACUAUGCAAGCCACAACGUCGCGCCGUAUCGUC